AUGGAGAAGGGCGUGGAAGCACAAAUUGCAGAUUUGCAAGCAACGUGCCACAUCAGUGGCUUCCUGCAUGGCAAAUCCGGCGACUGCAACAGGGAUCACGGCUCGGUCUGCUGUAAAGACGGUCACCGCUACCCGCAAUUCAGGUGCUCGCCCCCGGUGUCGGCCGACACGCCGGCGAUCCUAACUCUGAACAGCUUCGCACGAGGUGGAGACGGCGGCGGCAAAUCGUUCUGCGACAACCGCUUCCACAAGGACACCGAGCUGGUGGUGGCGCUGUCCACGGGGUGGCUGCGCCUGGACGGCAAGCGCAGGUGCAACAAGAUGAUCCGCAUCAACGGGAACGGGCGUGCCGUGCUGGCCAAGGUCGUCGACGAGUGUGACUCGGUGUACGGCUGCGACGCCGAGCACAACUUCGAGCCACCGUGCCCAUACAACGACGUAGACGCGUCACCGGCCGUGUGGAAGGCGUUGAGGCUCAAGGAGGAGAUUGGAGUGUUCAAGAUCACUUGGUCUGAUGUAACAGGGAUCAACCAAUAUAUUCUCACAAACGCACAAGCACAAAUUGCAGAUUUGCAAGCAACGUGCCACAUCAGUGGCUUCCUGCAUGGCAAAUCCGGCGACUGCAACAGGGAUCACGGCUCGGUCUGCUGUAAAGACGGUCACCGCUACCCGCAAUUCAGGUGCUCGCCCCCGGUGUCGGCCGACACGCCAGCGAUCCUAACUCUGAACAGCUUCGCACGAGGUGGAGACGGCGCCGGCAAAUCGUUCUGCGACAACCGCUUCCACAAGGACACCGAGCUGGUGGUGGCGCUGUCCACGGGGUGGCUGCGCCUGGACGGCAAGCGCAGGUGCAACAAGAUGAUCCGCAUCAACGGGAACGGGCAUGCCGUGCUGGCCAAGGUCGUCGACGAGUGCGACUCGGUGUACGGCUGCGACGCCGAGCACAACUUCGAGCCACCGUGCCCAUACAACGACGUAGACGCGUCACCGGCCGUGUGGAAGGCGCUGGGGCUCAAGGAGCAGAUUGGAGUGUUCAAGAUCACUUGGUCUGAUGUGUGA